CCUGAAUGAUUUUUCUCUCUACUGCUAAGCUAGCUAGUAAACGACAUGUACAAAUAACACAGAGUCUGAAUCUGAAGACACAUUCUCAGUUCGAGGUCAUCGGUAGUUGUCUGGUUGAGGGUUUUGGUGAAAUAUGGAGGAUUGUGGAGAGAGCAACAUGUACUGGUGGAGUGACAGUCUUCACCAUCCCAGAGAGGGUCAUUGGAGUGGAGUCUGUACUCUGCAGUAUUAUUCUCAUACCCAGGAUACACAUACCCAGACUCACAGAAGUAAUCUUUUCCAACAAAUGCAAAUGUCCAGAUGUGUUGUCGAGG